AUGCUGGAAGCGUUCGUGUGUCCGAUCACGCAGGACGUCAUGGAGGACCCGGUGGUGACGGCCGACGGCCACACGUACGAGCGGUCGGCCAUCGCCCGCUGGCUGCGCGACCACGGAACGAGUCCCGUCACAAACUGCGUAUUGACAUCGUCCGUCCUGUCGCCCAACUAUGCGCUCAAGCGUGCCAUCGCCGAGUUUCGAGCUCACGAAGCACCACCCAGCGCACCGGAGCUACCCGAUGAGCCUCCAUGGCCCGCGCCCCCUAUGGGCUACUUUGUAUACCACGUCGCCGCGUCAACGUCCCUCUUUACAGCGCCGGCCCUUGACGCUCGCGUCGCAGCCUCUCACCACAUCAUUGCAGCCAACGAACUCGUCCUUAUCGCGCAGUGCGUCGAAGAGCCCGAGACGGGCACCAUCUUCUUGCAGCUCGCCGAUGCCAACGAAGCUCCUCUCCAGCACCAAUUCAUCCGCGAGACGGCGGAUAUGCGCCGCGUCCCUGUCCGCCAUGCGCGCGACGUGUAUAGUGCCACACAGUAUGCGCGCAUGUACCUUCGCCCGUCGACAAGGGGCGGCGCUGUCAACACGCAUGACGCUGCGUAUGAAGGCGACAUGGUCUCGGCCGAUCUCCACGUCGUCAACCCUACCUCGCAGCGCAGCUACGUCCGGCUCGAAGGAUCCACCACGUGGCUCCUCGCUGCGUCGCUGCAUCGCGUGGCGUACAGCGUUGAGAAGCUACUCUUUCGAGCGCCGUACGCAGUCGAUCUCUUUGCGAACGCGGAAGCGCGCAUCUCGCACGAGAAUCCGCUGGUCACGCUACCGAUUCAUGCGCUUGUGACCGCGUCGCGCAGCAUUCCAUUCACCGAUGGGUACGUGGUGCAAGUGACAUACGACGGUAUCACCGGGUGGGCAACGUUUGACGAAGAGGAUCGCCUCUGGUCAAGCCCACCGCGCCUCGCCGAGGGGCCGCCGGGGCGCCAGAUUCCCGUCGCAAUCGUGCAAGGGCGGUGGCACGUAGUCGUUAUGAACAAUAUCCUCGACGACGGGUCCAUCGACCAAGAGUUUCACGGCUCGCUGCCGGAAACGCUGGUCGAGCGGCUCAUGGACUGCAAGCGCCAGGGCCGGCUCAUCACGCACGCUGCGAUCGGGCCGUCGGGCGAGUGGUACCUCAGCACCGAGACACGAGAUGGUACGAAUGCAAGAGCGUACUGCAGCACGGAUGUCCCCGCGAUUCUCCAGGACCGUCUACCACCAAAAGCGACUGUUGUGUUUGGGCCCAACAAGGAAAUGCUCGCGCGUUUCGGAGACGCGGUGCUCUACGCUGGCGUUGCCGCAGCGAUCGCGACGCGGCUCGCAAGUGUCGAGACGAUCGAGGCCGUUGGUUUUUGCAGCAACGGCAGUCUCUUCCUCAAGAGCCCCGAGAGCCUCUAUUGCGGCGACGGUAUCACCGCCGGGUUCCGAGACAACGUGCUCUCGGCAUCGCUGGACCACGGACGCGGCGCCCUGUGCUCGGUGUCGGUGACGAGCCGCAAUCGGUUUGUGGCGAUCCACGAACACAAAUUUCGCGUCGGAGGAAGCAUCCCACCGACAUUGCGCGCGCAUUUGACAGCCUUCUACGCCCGCCACGUGCGCGUUCGGAACGAGCGGCGCCAGCUCGCCAUGCACACGUCCUUCGUGUGCCCAUUGACGCACCGCGUCAUGGUCGACCCGGUCGUCGCCGCCGAUGGCCGGUCGUACGAGCGGGCGGCGAUCGCCAAGUGGCUCGAGACGCACGAGGCAGCGCCCGGGGCCGAGACGCCGCUGCCGUCCAAGGCGCUGCUGCCCAAUCUCGCGCUGCGCGACGCGAUCCGCGAAGCUGCGGCCAAGGGCACCGAGCAGCUGCCGCAGGCCGGGUACUUUAUCUACCGCUGCUUGCGAUCCAUGCACGCGUGCGCGCUGCCGUCGUUUCUGCACCGCGGGAUGCUGCCGAACCGCCAGCCAUUUGUGAUGCCGGCCGACGACCUCGUCAUUGUGACGCGGCGCGAGCGCGGCGCCGGCUGCAACGACGUCUUCUUGCGCACCGAGGGCAACAUCUUCCUCUUCGAAUCCGAGUUUGGCGUGCCCACCGCGGUCCGCAUCGAGCCGCUGCGCGAGCUCCGCGUCUACCGCGCGCGCAAGGUCACGAGUCUGACGCUCCGGCCCGUCAAGUUUGCCCCGAUGCCGCAGACGCGCACGAUCCAGCCCGGAGAGAUCAUUUCAACCGACAUGUUUGUGCACGACGCCAACGGAUUUGGCUUUGCGCGCAGCGAGAGCUCGGGCAGCUGGGUCAGCACCAUGUUCCUGGACCUGGUCCCGCCGCCGCCGACGAAGCCGUCCUUUCGCGUACAGGCCGCGACGAUGCUCUUCAGCAAUUGCCUUGCGACAGACGCCCGUGUGAUCAGUAGCACCGUCAUACCCCAGGGGACCGUCGUCGUCGGACAGAUCGCUGUCCCAAUGUCGGCGACCAAGCUCGCGGUGCGCACGACCUACUCCGGUGUGACGGGCUGGUUUGAAGCCUCGACGUCGAUGGUCGUGACAGCCAGCAGCGACACCAACGCUACUGCGACCGACGCACCGCCAGCCAAAGUGCGACGGCUGGAUUCUGCCCAUGUUGCGCCGUCAUCGCAGCCUACGUCCCGACCCGUUGCAGCGCCGGGUGCGUUGGAUUCGAUUCUAAAAGAACUGCAAGGUCGGGGCAAGGCGGCUGCAACCUCUAAAUCAACCACGGCUCCGGCACAGCCGACGGCGGCACCGGCAGCAGCAGUAGCAGUACCAACGCCGGCAGAAACACGGGCAGCCACCCCGUCAGUGGCUCCAGCGACAACAGUUGCAACACCAGCAGCCACGCCCGUAACAAAGGCGACAACAGCUCCAGUCGCAGCACCGGCGGCGUCGUCGGUUGCUACACCAGCAGCAACACCGUCGGCAACACCGGUGGCAUCACCGGCGGCCGCGCUGACCGCAAAUCGAGUCUCGGCGACCGCGCAACCGAGGUCAAAUGGAGCUCGCGACACGACACCCGUGAAAACGACGGUCGCGACCCCGACCAAGGCACUCGAGGCCUCCCAUGCGACCUCUGCUCGAGCUCCGUCGAUGGCGCCAACAACGACCGCGACGCACUCGUUCCUGUCGCCGUCCAGUGUCCGCAACGCAUCGUCGCUGCUGUCGUCCGCGUCCCCUGCCCAGAGGCAACUCCAAGCCACCGCCAAACCGGCAUCGUCGCCGAGCACGACCAAAGCCGCGUCGGCUCCUCAAGCGCGCGCUGGUAUCUCUGGAACAAGCCUCACGGCCGCACCCGCGCCAACACCCGUGGGCAAGAUGCCUCGUGUAAAGAUGCCGACGCCGACGUGCACUCCGACGCCGGUGACGUCGACGUUGCCGCAAACAGGCUACUUUAUCUACCGCACGCUCGAUCGUGUUGUGCUCUCACGGACGCCGUCGACAAGCGAUCGCCUUUUGCUGCCGUCGGGUGCGCCCCGGAGGCUACCGCCCAACGAACUCGUCGUCGUGACGCAGCGCGUGCGGGGCGACGUCCACUCGCCCGUCUUUCUGGCGCUCGAGAGCGAUGCCACCGACCCGAUGUUCCUUCCCGAAGCCAUCGACGGCGUUGACGUCGCCGAGGUCGUCGUGCCAGCUAGCGACAUCGCCGUGUACGAGACCAUUGCACCGGCGCCCGUAACGCGACAUCCGAUGGCACCGACGCCGACGGACGCGCGUCUGCCGCCGGGCUGUCUCAUCUCGACCGACUUGCACGUUGACGACAUGACGGGCGGCGAGUACGUUCGCCUCGAGCACUCGAUGCACUGGGUGCCUCUGGCGUGUCUGCGGCACCUCAAGCACGUCCCUGGCCAGCAUUCCUUUGUGAUGGACGAUGCCACGCAGCUCGUUUCCAAUGCGUACAGUAGGCUCUCGGUGCCCAUUGCCGUCGUUCCCCGCGGAACGACCCUCGUCGGUCGCAUGGUCGUCGACCUACCGAGGGCGUCGCAGUGCCUCGUUCGCGCCGUGUACAAAGGGGCAACCGGCUGGCUCUUUGCGACGCGACCGGCAUCGUUGCUGGCGGCAGUUGCACCGGUCGCACCCAAGCAGCCACGAACGCCGGUCAAGCCCGACCCGUCGUCCGACUCGGACGUCGAGAUUGUGUCGCCGCCGACCACUCGCACCAAAGAAGAGCCAAGAGCACAAGUUGCACCGGCGGCUCUGCCAGUGCCGACGGCACCGGUUGCCGUCGCGCAGCCGCGCCAAGAGCCCCUCGUGUCGGUGUCCCAGCAGCGCCACAUCUGUGCUCCCGCGCCACGGCGGUCGAAAAAAACAGCUGCGUCCAAGGCCCGGCCGGUCCCACCGCCAAUCAAGGUCGUGCCGCCCGGACGGCAGCUCAAGGUCGUGCUGCGUGGCGGGUACUUCGCUGUGCUGCACACGCCAUUGAGUGGAUGCAGCACGAUCCUCGGCGAGUACUUGCCGCUCCCGUUGACCGAGCGCAUCCGUCAAGUGUGUUUUGUGGGCCACUGCAUCACGCACAUGGCACUCUCGCCCGACGACGCGUGGUACUUGAGUCUCCAGCGCAGCGCCGGCGCCGCCUACACCAUCGUGAGCCCGUCUGCGAACGACUAUGUCCGCCACCACGCCAAGCCCAAGAUGCACGCCGCCUUUGCGAACGGCCGCAUCGUGCUCGCCCCCGAAGCAGGACCAGCGCUCUCUCGGGGGUUUGCUGGCUCGUUCCUGCAGCGACGGCUCUCGUCGUCCAAGAAGGUGGACAUUCUGGCCAUGGACGACGACGGCAGCGUCUUCAUGCGAGAUGCGAUCGGGCACGUCGCCCACGGUCUCUCGCAAUUGAUGCUCAACACGAUUCUCGAGCCAUCGCCCGUCGGCGGCGGCGCCCUCGUUGAUGUCGUGCUCUCGAAAGACAAGUGGGUGCUGCUGUACGAACACACGUUUCGAGCAAGUCCUACUGUACCCAGCGUCGUCGUCAAUCUGCUCCAUAAAGCUUACGGCAUGCAAGGACACGACGAGUCGACGCUGGACCCUGCGACAACGGACGCGCCGGUGCCGGUGUCGUGUGCACCUACGACGGUUGCGCCCGUGCCACCGAGUGCUGCGGCGGCUGCUACCGAGGAGCAAGUGCCCACAGUGCCAAAGGAGCCCGACGCCGUCGCAUAUGUCAAGCCAGAGCCUACGCCGCACGCAUCGUCUGAAAUCACACGCGCAUCGGACGUCGAGCAAGAGGCAACCGCGGAGCCAGACCCUGCUGUGGCCGAUGAGACGGCUGCACGGCAUCCUGCGAGCCCGGCGCCGUCUCGACCCGCCCCACCGACCGUCGUUGGCGAGGAAGAAGCAACGCUUCGCGCGGACGCUGCAUCGACGCCGUCCAUCGCCGCCGACGACGCAUCGGACGAUGCUGUCAUUCUCAAGGCAGAAGUACUCCCUUCUUCACUGCCACCGCCCAGUCGUGUCAAGCAAGAACCCAGUGCAUUUGAGUUUGUUCCGUCGACGCCGUCGCCGCUACCGUCGCCCGCGCAGACAGAGAGAGCGAGCCCGCCACCGGUCAUGCAAGCCAGCCCGACGCCGCCACCAGCUUCCGCGCCGGUCCGUGGUCGGUUGCACGCAAGCCUUCUCGCUUCGUUUGAAGAAGACGACAUUGAUGUUUGGAGCAUUUCCUAG